CCACUGGCUGCAAAGGAAACCAGGAGAAAAAGCAAACCUUAACUGUUUGCCAGUGAGAGAGGACAAGUAAGCAGCAGGAGGUCAGAGCCAUGCAGUUCUCCAGCUCAGCCAGGGCGGCCGAUGAGAAUGUUGACUAUUUGUUCAAGGUCAUCCUCAUUGGAGAUUCCAACGUAGGGAAGACAUGUGUGGUACAGCAUUUCAGAUCUGGGGUCUACAGCGAAUCGCAGCAGAACACCAUCGGGGUGGACUUCACAGUGCGAUCCCUGGAGAUCAAUGGCAAGAAAGUGAAGAUGCAGGUGUGGGACACUGCGGGCCAGGAGCGCUUCCGAACCAUCACCCAGAGCUACUACCGCAGCGCCCAUGCAGCCAUCAUUGCCUACGACCUCACCCGGCGGUCCACAUUCGAGUCUGUCCCUCACUGGAUUCAUGAGAUAGAAAAAUACGGAGCAGCUAACUUGGUCAUUAUGCUGAUAGGGAACAAAUCGGACUUGUGGGAGAAGCGGCAUGUCCUAUUUGAGGAUGCCUGCACCCUGGCGGAGAAGUACGGCCUCCUGGCUGUCUUGGAGACAUCGGCCAAGGAGUCCAGGAACAUAGAGGAAGUCUUCGUGCUCAUGGCAAAGGAGCUGAUUGCCCGCAACAGCCUGCACCUGUACGGGGAGAGCGCCCAGCACGGCCUGCUGGCAGAUUCCACCCCUGUUCUCUUGGCCCAGGGCCCUGGUGAGAAGAGCCGCUGCACUUGCUGAAUGCCUGGAAGGCCAGCUCAGAGCCAGGGUCUCCGGGAAGCACUGCAGGCCGAAGCCUAGAUUUGCCACUCGUUCUUUCUCCAUCCAGCCUGAAUGCUCACCACUUUGUGUCAAUUCACUCCAAGGGACUCCAAGGAACCAGGACCCUCAGGAGCUCAGGCCCUCGGGAAGAGGGUCAGGACCGCUCCUCCCCUCUCCCUUGUCUGGAACAUUCUGGAGCAGUUGCAAACAGCUCAGGAAAAGAGUGGGGAAAGCCUGCAAUGAAAAACCAGGUUGCUUUGUGACAUUCACAGCCAGGAGGUCUUGGGGGGAGGACAUUGACAAAACACGGGAUGGGACACGGGACAUGACAGGACACUGUUGACCUAAAAAACAGAAAUGCUAUCUUGCCAAAUGGUCAGGAACCAGAGAGGGAGGUAGAAUUGGCUUCCCCCCUUGUCACUGUGACCAUAGGGAUGGGAGAGAUGCCCACUGUGACUUCCUAAGACCUCCAAAUGUCCCAUG